CAAUAGAAAAUGGACAACAGCAGCCUGGAAUUGCUCAGAGAUACUAACAUGUCUCUUCAGAUUCAACUUCAGUCCUGUACAACCCUGAGGACCCAGGCCUCUCGUGUUUUUCUUUAUGCCUUCUUUUUUGUCAGCAUUGCCUGCACAGUGGUGGGAAACUUCCUGGUGGUCUUGUCUAUUGCCUACUUCAAGCAGUUGCAGUCACCCACAAAUUCCUUUGUGAUGUCUUUGGCAGUGGCUGACUGUCUCGUUGGCCUCAUUGUGAUGCCCUACAGUAUGAUUCGGACUGUAGAGGGAUGCUGGUACUUUGGUGCCCUUUUCUGUCGACUUCACUCCAGCCUAGACGUUAUGCUUUGCACUGCCUCCAUAUUCCAUCUCAGCUGCAUUGCCUUUGACCGCUACUAUGCAGUCUGCAACCCAUUAAUUUAUGCUUUAAAGAUGUCCAGCAGGCAGGUAGCUUUCCUCAUUGUUGUAUGUUGGGUUGUUCCCAUGCUUAUUUCCUUUGGCCCCAUAAUGCUAGAUCUUCAUGUUGCUGGUGUGGACAUCUUACUCCCGAAAGACGCGUGCGUGUUCUUGGUCAAUCGCAUUUAUGCUGUAAUGGCUUCCUUGGUAGCCUUUUACUUGCCAAUGGCUAUCAUGUUAGUAGCAUACUGGAGGAUCUUCAAAGCCGCCAAAAGGCAAGCCCGACAGAUCAGUGCCAUGGAAAGCCAGAUGGCUGCUGGUGUGGGCAAAGAUUCGAGCAAGAAACAAAGACACCGAAACAAUAUAAAGAGAGAGAGAAAGGCAGCAAAAACGUUGGGUAUCAUCAUGGGAGUUUUCCUAAUUUUCUGGAUGCCUUUCUUUACAGUCAACAUUGUGGACCCAUUUAUUGACUACAGCACCGAAGUGGUUGUCUGGGAUAUAUUUUUAUGGCUAGGAUAUAUCAACUCAUCCCUGAAUCCCUUCCUGUAUGUUUUCUUCAAUCGCUCUUUCCGUAGGGCGUUCUUCAUGUUCAUAGGCUGCAGAGUAUGUCUGUCUGGAUCUUCCCCUGGUAUGGAGCUAUCUCACACAAGGAAAGAGGCAAAUGAACAUGCAGACAAAUCAUAA